AACAUGGGUGGCGGAGGAGUUAUGAGAACGGCCGCCAAGUUCGCCGUCGCCGGAAUUAGGGGCGUCCCGCUGCCACAACCGGAGGCGUCAUGGGACGUCGACGACUGGGAAGUUCCUGACGCCGGUGAAGUAGCGGUGGAGGCCGGUGAGACUGUGCCGACGGUAGUGUUCGGCGGUGUCCCUAGUUUUCAGGAGGCCAAGGUAGCCACUACGGAACUGAAACAUGCCCUUGAUAAGAUAUACCUCUCUUCAAAUUCUGCUAAAUGCAAUGGUUCUUCUCAUUCUGAGUCGGAGAACAAAUCUCUUGUCAGUGAGGCUAUCACAAAUCCUUCACCGCCAAACCGUGCUUUACAGGCUUUUCAAUUGCUUAGUGAAAGUUCUGAGGCCCAGAGUGUUGUCGCUUCUAUUGCUUGUGACCCGAAUAUAUGGAAUGCAAUCGUGCAAAAUCCUGCUCUACAGGAUUUCUUCCAAUCACAGCACUCAGGGGGAAGUCUUGAUCAGAAAGUGGGAAUGGGAAUGGGAGUGGGAGAGUUAUCUCUUUCUGAUUCGCUCAAUAUUCUCCAUAACGUGAAGCUUACCGUGGCUGAAAUGGUAGCUAGCGUGUCAAAUUACUUUCACAAUGUGUUUGGGUUCUUAACUGGUCACAAAUCUUCAGCUAGUGGAAAUACAAAAGCAAACUUCAUGGAUCCUUUCACUAUGGGAGGAACUUUUAUGGGAUUGGCUGUGUUGGUGGUGAUGGUGAUAGUUCUGAAACGAGCUUAGUUUGCUCAACCCUCCAAUUAACUAUGACUAUGUUUUAACUUUUGCUUGAAUAAAUAAUUUAUAAGGAAAGUGCUAAAUAUGAAGUGCACUUUUGGGUACAUGAUAUGAAACUGUGCGUUACUUUUUUUACGUUCUGUUCUUACAUUCGAUAGCCAUGCAGCCAGCAUAGUGUUUUAGUCUGACUAAUUAAUAUUAAUAUGUAACGAGU